AUUGACCAAACUUUUUUCUUAUAACCAAGAUGAUAUUCAUUAUAUAAAUCCAUUUUCCCUACAAUGCAUUUCCAUCUUAUUAAGACAAAUUCACUUGUAACGCAUUUGCAUUGGUAAUGGAUUCAAAGACAGAGUUGUAAUUGACUUUCAACGGUAUAUUGAUAUAGAAAUCUCCAUGAAAGGAAGGCCAGAGGUGAAUCCAGACUAGCAUUAACUUUCCAUUUCAAUAUAAACAUCACCCAUAUUAUAAAUAUGAUAAAUUACAAGACUUCGUUACCAUUCCUAAUUAGUAAAUACAAUUAAAUUGCAAGAACCAUCGGUUUCAAUCAUGCAGUAUAAGAAUCAAGAACCAGUUCCGCAACAUUCAAUAGUAGGAGAAUGAAGAGGAACAUGGAGAUCACCAAGAUAGCGAUGGGGGUUCUCGUCCUCCUCCUCUCCGCCGUAUCUGCGCGUUCCGAGUAUUACUCCAAAACUGUCCCAAGGGUUCAGUUAAAGGAGAAGGUAACCAAUCUCCAUUUUUUCCUUUUCGACAUCCUGAGCGGGAAAAAACCCAGCGCCGUCGAAGUAGCGCGUUCAAACAUAACCAUAGGCGAUCAGUCAGCGACUCCAUUCGGUAGCGUCUACGCCGUGGACGACCCGCUCCGGGAAGGACCCGACCCGGAAUCAAAAGUAAUCGGAAACGCGCGUGGGCUGUACGUAUCGGCAAGCCAAGGCGCAGACUUGUGCUUGGCGAUGUAUAUUGAUUACGGUUUCACAACGGGACCGUUCAACGGCAGCUCCCUCAGCGUGUUCUCGAGGAAUCCGGUGACGGAGCGACGACGGGAGGUGGCGAUUGUUGGCGGGAGAGGGAAGUUUAGGAUGGCUAGAGGGUUUGCGAAGCUGAAGACACAUUACUUGAAUGUGAGUAAUGGCGAUGCGAUUAUAGAGUACAAUGUUACUGUGUUUCAUUACUAAAUCGGAGAAGAAAGGAGCAGUUGGAUUUUGAUUUGUGAUUGACAAUUGUAACAUCUUUAAUAAUUUGGUUCAUCACAUCAGCAUUAAGAGGUGAUUCAUCCGAAUGAAAAGUGAUUUUCUUUAUGAAUGAUUCAAAUUUUAAGAGGGGA